UGAUUUUUGAGCUCGCUCGCUCGCUCGCUCGCUCACCCAGUUCGGAAUUCGUCGCUUUGCGAAAGGAGGAGGGAGGAGAUAUGGAGAGCAACCAGCAAGCGUUCUGGCAGUUCAGCGACCAGCUCCGGCUCCACACCUCCAACCUCGCCAACCUCUCCCUCAACGACUCCAUCUGGAGCAGCUCCUACGCCUCCUCCAAGCGCUCCGACGACCGCUUCAACUUCGACGCCCGCGUCGGCGCCGAAUCCCCCGCCCCGGCCCCGGCUUCCAAGCUCCCCCAGCUGAACGAGCCCUGGAAGGUCGGAUCCGGGCCCCGCCCCCUCAACCUCCCCGGGAACGAUUUCAGCCCCGUCGCCGCCCCCGCCCCCGCCGACGGCUGGAGCAAGAUCGGGAACGCUAACGCUGGCAACGGCAACGGCAACGGCAACGGCGGCGGCGACUUCAAUGGGUUCAACUACGGGUGGAAGAUGGGGAGCCCCAGCGUCGGCAACGAUUUCAACGCCUUCAACUACGGGUGGAAGGUGAACGGCGGGGGGAAGGAUUUCAACGGCUUCGACGACGGCUUGAAGAUGGGGGGAUACAAUCUGGGGUUCAAUGAAGGGUUCAACAAGGGGAUUUACGCCAAGUCCGUGAAUUUUUACAACAACAAUGUUAGUCUGAAGGGUGGGAAGAACAAGAACGAGGAUUUCCAUGGAGGCAAGGCUGCGAAGAAGAACGGGAGCGGGAAUAAGAAGAUGAACGGCGGCGAUGGCUACAACAAUGGCGAGGAGAGGGAGGCCAAGAGCGGCGUCGACAAGAGGUUCAAGACGCUUCCGCCGUCGGAGUCUCUGCCCAAGCACGAGACUGUCGGUGGGUACAUCUUCGUCUGCAACAACGACACCAUGCAGGAAAACCUGAAAAGACAGCUUUUUGGUCUUCCUCCACGCUAUCGCGAUUCGGUCAGGCAGAUUACCCCGGGAUUGCCCAUUUUCCUCUACAACUACUCGACCCACCAGCUCCACGGGAUUUUUGAGGCUGCAAGUUUUGGAGGUAGUAACUUAGACCCAACAGCCUGGGAGGAUAAAAAAUGCCCUGGCGAAUCACGCUUCCCUGCACAGGUUAGAGUUAUGACUAGAAAAAUCUGUGACCCACUUGAGGAGGACUCAUUCCGACCCAUUCUUCACCAUUAUGAUGGACCCAAAUUCCGACUUGAACUCAACGUGCCUGAGGCACUCUCCCUCUUGGAUAUAUUUGCGGAUCAGGAUUCUAACCUUACUGGCUUGAUAUCAUUCGACGACACCGAAUGAAGCGUUCGUGGUGGAACAGAGAUAUA